CAGUUUUCUUCAGUUUCCGUAUCCGAAAACGUAUUUUUCUAAGCUGUCAGUUAAUUUUUAUUAUAUAAAAUUCAUAAAAUAUUUGUUUUCAUCAAAUUGAGGAGUAUAAGCGUAUCAAUUGACCCUAAAAGUAAAAUAAUACAAAUAUGUCUGUCGAUAUUAACGCUAUUGGAUCGCAUAAGAUAAGAAGUGUUCCAGGAGGAGAGCAAGUGGAACUAAAGACCUUCUGGCAAGAUCAGGAUGCUGUGGUCAUCUUCUUCCGGCGCUGGGGCUGUAUGCUGUGUAGACUAUGGGCUAAGGAGUUGAGCGAGAUUGCACCAGUUUUGAAGAAAAACAACAUAAAACUGGUGGGAAUUGGUGUUGAAAAUGCUGGUUCUAAGGAUUUUAUGGAGGGAAAAUAUUUUGAUGGCGAGUUAUAUCAUGUGGAAGAUAUCUCAACAUACAAUACUUUGGGCUUUAAAAGAUUCAACGUCGUGUCAAUUAUAACAUCCUUAUUCUGGAAACAAUCCAGGGAAGCGAUUGCGAAAGGAAGGGGAAUGGGUCUAGGUGGAGAUUACAAAGGUGAUUGGGUGCAAACGGGGGGCGCGUUGUUAGUUGGAAAGGGCGGGAAUGUCCGCCAUUUUGUGCAGACGGGACCGGGGGAUCAUUUGGAUAAUAAGGAGAUAUUGAAGCAUUUCAAUUUAGAAGCAGAAUACAAAGAAGAGACGAUGGCAAAUAAAGUCCGUGAUAAUAUUGAAUGUAAUACAGAAGCAACGUGAUAAGCCAAGUAUCAAGAAUUUCCUUCCAUUUGAGCCGAUUCAUGUAAUUUGGUGCUCAAGAAGAUGUAAGCAAACUAAAGUCUAGUGGUGUAAGGUUCAAAAUCGCAUGCUUUUUGGGGCAGGGUAUAAUUUUUAAAAUAUAAUGUACAUAUUAUUGUGAUAUACGUUUAUUAAUGUUUUAUUUUCUGAAAUUAUAAGUCUUUUUUAA